UGCCGUUAGGAAAGCAAACGUCAGGUGCCAAACAGCACCCGAUUGGCGACCACUCCUCACUUCAUAGGGGAGGUGCGGUAGAGUUGCAGCACCAAAUUAAAUACUCCAUGCUAUGCAAUGGGGUUAUCGCUGAUAUACAGUGAAGGCUUCCUGAAAGCACCAUGAAUGAUUCCUCAACGUACUUUAAAAGUCAUCAGUGUGCAGUGGGAGUUGUCAGCAUGCACAAUGCAGGGACUUACAACACACAGUGAAGGAGCCCUCAAAACACAGUGAAGAAGCAAAGUAUCUAUACACCCUACAGGAUGAAGGUUGUGACAGGCACCUUAAUGGUGUGCCUUAUGGUGAUGGUAUGGAUCACAGUUGGUGCAUCAUCCUCCUCCCAACAUACAGAGAGUUUGGUGUUUAUAAUUGUGGAUGCUGAGAACUCCAUGCCAAAUGCGCACAACUUGGCUGCUAGUCUUUCUUCUCAGGCUGCUCAGCUGGAUGUCCCUGUUGUUAUCUACAGUACAUCCAGGGAGUGGCCAGAUGGGGGUUCCUGGACAUACUUUCCAAUGUUAGAUCGACUGAACAGUAAGCAUGGAAGCAGCAAGAGCUGGAUGGUGUUUGUUGGCAAACAUACCAAAGUAAAGAUGGCCAAUCUGCUACAAGUGCUCAGCACCAAGGAAUCUUCACAGUUAGUGUUCAUGGGUCGGGGUUUGCAGGAUCAAGAGGAAACCAUCAUCCAUCACUUCGCUCGUGUGGAUCCCAAGCAACCUUUCCUUUAUCCAGAUGUCAGGGCUGGCAUGGUCCUUUCAGGGGCACUCAUCACCAGGCUAUCUAAGAAGUGGGCAGGUUCCAAGAUAAAGGCAGCUACAGAAAUAAACAUUGAUGCUUCUUAUGAGUUUGGAAGCUUUGUAAAGUCAGCAGGCAUAGAGUUGACCACAGACUCAGCCUUUUGUGUCAAGGAUGAGGACCACUGUGCCAUUCUAUAUUCCCCACCAACUAAUUGUGGCAAAGCUGCAGAUGUGAGCAAGAUUCAUUUUGCCAUCAAGAGUUGGCAGCAGAACCACAAUAAGCGACUGCCAAUCUUGUAUGGCACAUGGCUGAAGCAGAUCACCAACUAUGCCAUUUAUAGUGAUGUUGAAGACUCAUCUUAUGGAACAGUGUCACUUGGAGUGCCCAACACUGAACAAGGACACUGUGGCAAGACGAUGGCAAUAAUCAGGCAUGCAGCCCAAAUGGAAGGGAUGCACUGGUUAUUCAUAGCAGAUGAUGACACACUCCUCAGUACUGAGGCAUUGAGUGAACUGCUGGCCUGCCAUGACCACACUCAGCCAGUGGCACUUGGAGAGAGGUAUGGGUAUGCAGCAGCUCUGCCUCAUGGUUAUGAUUACAUAACUGGUGGAGGAGGCAUGGUCUUCAGUAAACCACUGGUGAAAAUGUUGGCAAGCCCUGGAGUGUGUCAGUGUCCCAGCAAUGAUACACCAGAUGACAUGUUUCUGGGCAUAUGUCUCCGCAUCCUCAGCAUCCCUAUCACACACUCUUCUGCUUUCCACCAGGCUCGUCCCAUGGAUUAUCCUAAGGGUAGGUUGGAAGGAGAAUGGCCAGUCUCCUUUCAUAAAUUUUGGAUGGUGGACCCUUAUCAUGUAUUUUCCCACUGGCUCCAACCCAGACCUCCCACUCACCCUCAGGAUGAACUGUAGGAUGAUUGAUGCUGUUGCCUCCCUAGGUCACUCAAAACUCACAAUGACACCUGAGAUAUUAAUUCUUUUUAGCAGAGAUUUAGAGAAGUCAGCCAUGGUUUGCUUGGGGAUUGAAAACCUUGAUAAAAAUUAUCCUAGUGGGUAUCAUCAAAAUUAUAGGGACUAACAUCAUAACACAUGAUUUGUGCAACAUUACAAGAUCAUAAAUCUACAUCAGCACCAUCUCAUGUGACAUACUCAGUCCACAUUAAAAUAUCUUCUCAAGUUAGGGAAUCUGCCUGGAGUGUGUUGGAGGCUGGGAGAACAUGCACCUGCUGGGCCUUGCUAAAGUUGUACACCUGACCAGGGCUGAAAGGUUGCAGGCGGGGCACUGAUGAGGCACUCCCAACAUGCUCCACCUUCCUCCCACCUUCUGUCAACACAUUUUAUAAUGAGCUUAAAUAUAUUCACAUUUUAUAGUGAGCUUAAAUAUAUUCUGUUACUUUAUGACCCAUAAUUGUAACUUUAAGAUGAAAAUUGUGUAAGUUAUGCAAAAAUAUUUUUUUCUUUAAUUUAA